AUGGUGUGGUAUGGCCAAUGCAUUCCAAGACAUUCUUUUCAUCUUUGGUUAGUUCUAAAGAAUAAGCUGAAGACACAAGAUAGAUUGGCAGUUUGGGAAGCGGGGAGUGAAACAAAUCUACGUCUUAUGUGCUGUCCUCUUUGUAACUAUGGACGAGACUCAAGAGAUCAUUUAUUCUUUCAAUGCUCUUAUGCGGCCAAGAUUUGGAGCAUUGUCAAGGAAAAAGUUGAUAUGGUAAAUGUAAACGAUUCAUGGAGCUCAAUCAUGGCAUGGAUAGAGCUGAAUGCGAGUUCAAAGACUCUGGAACACAUUGUGUGUAAGCUGGUGGUAGCGGCCUCUACAUACUUUAUAUGGCAAGAACGGAAUAACCGGCUGUUUUCCAACAUUCACAGGAAGAAAGAGACGGUGGCACAGAUUAUUUUGGAUAUGGUGCGGCUUCGUAUAAUGAGUUUCAAGAUCGGACGUCACGGGAAUUAUAGGAAGCUUUUGGAAACCUGGGGAGCAAGAGAAGACGAACCGGGCUAA